ACUCGGCUGAGAGCGGCGGCAGGAGGAGGAGGAGGAGGAAGGGGCGGGGGGCGCUUUUGAGGGGCUCCAUGGAGACCCCCACGGCGACCACCUUCACGCUGGCCUACCUGGUGCUGGCCGUCUGCUUCGUCUUCCCGCCCAGCGAGUUCCACCUGGCCGGCCUGACGGUGCAGAACCUGCUGGGCAGCUGGCUGGGCAGCGAGGACGUGGCCUUCGUCCACUACCACCUGCGGCGGGGCACCGUGACCCUCGUGGCCCACGCCGCCCUGCCCCUGGGCUACUACCUGGGCAUGGGUCUUGCGGCGCCCGAAAAACAGCUCUUCGCCAUCUCCCAGGCGCCCGAGCCUUGGAAAGUCUUCUUCGCCAGUGCUCUCCUCCUCCUGGUCCUCGCGGUCACCUUCGCCUACUACUGGUCGCGGGAUGGUUGGUCCCGCCACCCGCUGGCCAGGACCCUCUCUGCCUUUGCUUUGCCGCCCCAUGCCAACUGGCGGGCCGUGGCCUUGUCCAUCAAUACCGAAUUCCGCCGGAUUGACAAGUUUGCCACGGGGCCGCCGGGCGCCCGCCUGAUCGUGACCGACAGCUGGAUCCUCAAAGUCACCACCUACUCUUUCCACGCGGCGCUGCAACGGGACCUCCAGCUGACCGUCAUAGACUCUAGGCAGCAGGACCUCUUGCUGGACGUCAACAGGCCGGCACAGUUCCUCACCAUCCGCGUGGCCAGCGCCGAUCCCCGCGUGAAGGCCUUUGACAUCCGGCUCAACUCGUCGGAAUACGGGGAAAUGCAGGACAAGCUCCGCGCCCCCAUCCAGAACGGGGCCAAUGUGGUCAUCCAUCAGAGCCUGAGCGACCUCUUCCUGGAGACCUUCAGCUCCCUGGUGGAGAGAAACCCGCCAUACCUGGUUCCCAGCAACCAGGAGUUGGACCUCUGCAUUGGCUGCAUGCAGUCCCGGGCCAACGUCAAGUUACUGAAGAAUUGCCGGGAGCUCCAUGAGGGCGAAUGCCAGCCGUGUUUCUGCUACCCCAUGUGGUGCCUGCUGUGUAUGGGCAAAUGGUUCGCCAGCCAGCAGGACCAGCAGCACCCAGAGACCUGGCUCUCCAGCCACGUGCCUUGUCCCACCUGCCGAGCCAAAUUCUGCAUUUUGGACGUAUGCUCAGUGCAGUGACAGGCCGCCACCACAGCGAGGCGGAGAAGAUGCAAUCUUCCCGGCAGGAUGCAAAAUUUCCACAAUUUUCCCCCACCCCCCUUUUGAUGCCUUGGCAAAUGCCGUUGUGUUUCUACCCUUUUUCUACCCUGACAGCGGAGGUAUUUCACAAGCUCGGCUCCUGUCUUAAAAGGGGCCGUGCUUGAGAAACGCAACUUUCGACUGCUGGUUGCAACAAGUAUUCCUCAAAAACGAGAAUGGGUUCUUUUUUUUUUUCUUCGCCGCCUAAAUUGGGCCUGGAUCCAUUGAAUUGUUCCACACUCCACCUUAGUCUGCAAUUCCCAUUUUUUCCCCAAAUUUUUCUAUCACGGGAACGACGUUGGCAGAUUUUGCAACAAACUUUCUCGUAAACACAUUAUUUUCUGGUUAGGUCUUAUUUUCAGGAAAAUACGGUUCCAAAUGUGUUCCUCUGGCUGACCAUCUUAACGGGUUAAUUUUUGGGGUAGGACUUAUAUUAGAAGCAUCCUGAAAUAGGCUAGGGCUUAUUUUCCAAUUGGGUCUUAUUUUUCAGAUAUAAAGAUAAUCUAAAUUACUGCAGUGUUCCCAAAGGAUUUUUCUCGGGAAAGGAAACGGAUUAAUGGCCCGGGAACUUGUGCGAUUAAAAAUCUCAUCACCGCCGGAGCUUAGAAUAACAGUCGGGAGAAAACGAUCCGGCGUUUGAAGUAUUGUUGUACCAAAAUUAACAAUUUGGGAUGACACCCCAUUGUGUUUUUGGAGGGUGGGGUUCGAGGCUGAAUUUUGAGUGGAAAAAAAAAACAACAUACUUGAAAUGGUCUUUUUCGGGCAGGUUCGUAACUCGGUUUCACCGAGUGUAGUAUUCUGUCGGGAUCCUUUGCGGGGCAAAUGGAAGAGAAACGCCUUGAUCAGUCAAAGUCAACAAUGGUUUGUCAGCGAGAUGGAUUCCAGCUUGAGUUGAAAUGGAGCUUUUCAUUUAUUUUCCCCCCCUAUUCGUCUCUUGGUCAAGAUUGGCAGGUCCUGCAUCUCAUCGACUUGAAAAUAGAUGGGACUUCAACUCUCACAAUCCCCUGGCUAGCAAGCUUUAAUUCUGGUCGCUGAAAUUCACUCCCUAAAAGGAUGCUGGAUGGGGGAUUCUGGGAGUUGGAAGUCCUCCCCUCUUCAAGUGCCAAGUUUGAGAAUCAACAUCCUAUUUCAAGCAAAGAAAAAUGAGAAUUUUUAAGGCUUAGGUGCCUGUAUCCCGUCUCCUCCCUAAACAUCCCUAUAUGCACCUUUAAUUUAUUUUCUUUAGACCUUUAAAUCUCUGUUCAGUUCCUCCAUCAAAAUCUCUUUUAAUAAUUCCACCCCACCCAAUUUUAAUUCCCAGAAUUCCCCUGGCUGUACAACCGCCGCCGAGAAUUCUGGGUAAAUCUAGAAGUUGUAAAUCAUUCCCCACCAAAGUUCCUUUUAGUUUCUCAGAAAAGGUAGGAGAAAUUUUUAAUUGAAAAAUAAAACAGAAGUAACAUGAACUUGUUAAAAAGGAUUAAAAAUUAAAAUUUUAGUUGAGAAAUAUUUGGAAAGUAUUAUUCAGUAUUAUAUUUACGAGUGAAAAGGCCGGAAUGAAUCCCGUUUAUUCUGUGCCCAAUAAAAUUUUUGCCUCUUUGUGAGUUCAAA